AGUUCUCGUGAGAAUGCGACGGCGGAGUGAACCGGUGGUUGUGGAGCUCUUAUCAUCGCCUCAGCCGGAGCUGCUCGUUGACCUAGAAGUGCCGCCGAUUUGAUUAUCUACUUGCGGUGUGUAAGCAAGAGAGAUUACUACUUGAGAAAGAGGAACAGGAGGAUAAGCAAGAAAAGAAAGGAUGCUACAAUGAAGAUGAUGAUCAGUCCUGUGGGGUUGAUCUCAAUAAGAAUUUGAUCACUCCUUCAAACCAUACAGUGCCUGGUAAGGAGGAAUGGAGGAAAAAAUUGAUGGGAUCAUUUUAUGGCUACUUAUCUUGGCCGAAUGUUUUGAAGUCCGAGGUGCAAAGUACAACACAAAGCAACACCCCAGAAUCUGAUAUUUCACAUUCCAGUGGCAGCGAUGACAGCAGAGCUUCUUCAAAGAGGAGAUUAAAGUCUGAUGAGGUUGCGGGAAAUGCUGUGGCAGAGAGGAUCAAUUCCAAGAAGCGAAAGAGGGGAAGUGGGGUGCCCAACAACGGUCCAGAACCACCACCAGGACUACCGGUUGAAUUCAGAAAUUUUAUUCUCCAAAGGGCUGGUAACCGGGCAGUAUGUGUCGAGAAAUUGGUGAUUCAAAAGGAGCUUACCAAAACGGAUGUAAACGGCACCCAAAAUAGACUGUCAAUCCCAGCGAGGCUUGUGAGGGAGGAGUUUCUUACGGAAGAAGAGCAUCUUCUACUUUGUCAGCGCAAUGGGAAGAAUGUAUGUUCUAUAGAUGAAGUUCCAUUGAUAACACCAAUGAUGGAAGUAGCAAAGGUGAGCUUGAGGAGGUGGGAGAUGAAGAAGGAAAGGGGAGUUUCCAGUGUAUCUUAUGUCAUAGCUAAUACUUGGAAUGAAAUAAGAAGACGGAAUAAAUUUGAAAGGAAGAUGAUAGUUCAAUUGUGGGCUAUUCGGGUUGACGUAGAUUUGUGGAUGGCUCUAGUUAGACUGUCUUGACCUUUUAAUCAACUUACCACUUCAAUUUAGGAGAUACAAAUAUGCUCUUUGUAUAUGCUUUUUUGUCUUUUCGAAACUAAUUCAACAGAGUUUUGAAUUUUGUUAUGAAUUUCUAUCAAAUACUGUUCAAUUCAUUUUGAA